AUUCUUCUUCUAAAGUUAUCUCUCAAGAAUCUAUUUUUGUACCUAAAAAUUCAGUGAAUAAACUUGGUAAUGUAUUAAGUGAAUUUGAUAAAAUUUAUAUUGAUCAUACAACUGAUAUUCUUCAAUAA